UUCUGGCCAGUCAUUCAGGCAGACCGCAUCAGGUCUGGUCGGGCUUGCGAUUCUAACAAGUUCGUAUUCAAGUUCGACGCAGACAUUGACCACGACCUCAAAGAUGGCGUCACGCGCAUCGAUUCGGCAGCCGCAAAGCCUUCCAUCGAGCAAUUGCACAUCUUACGCAAACGCACCAUCAGCUUCGGCGGGUAAAGCACCCUCCUUCAGCUCAGCAUUGCCGUCACCCACAAGUGACUCCUCCGUCGAGCUCAGCAGACCUUUGCCGGUCGAUGGCACUCCUCCUCGCUCCGCUCGUGCGCUGCACAGCGACCUCUUUGUCGAUGUGCGUUGCAUGAAGAGCGACUCCCGUCCGACCACGCAAGACAGUGCCAAUGGGCGCCAUGACUGGCCUCGUGCUGCUUCUAGCAUUGCUCACGGCGAUAAGCAUACGACAUUGUCGCACGACCGCCCCAACUGCAGCGGCAAUCGACUUGACCAGAUCAUCGUCCCUUCUGCUGCUCAUGCCCCCUGGCCCCCGGCAUCGGCAAGCUCCCCAGCCCACGACAAUCGAGGCAGCCGUCGCUUCCGUCAGCAUAUGUACAGACGCAGCCUGUUCUCUCGCACCAACUCUAGCUUAUCGCCUCCAUCUGUGCGAGAUCCGAUCCUCACGCCCACAAGGCUGUCGGAAGUGACCGAGGUUCCCCACGAGUCCGGCACUCUCCGAUCCGUACGCGCCUCCGCCGAAACCAUCAAUGCAGCGCUGUCCAAUGUCCAGGCAACGGAGCUUUGCGCUCAGUCACGCCGCAGAUCUGAUGAGAUUUCGCGGCAGUGGUCUCGGUCCGACAUCAGCGAUGGGCAAAUCAACAGCGCGAGCGCUCUCGCUGGGUACGAGCGUCACUUCUCUCCCAGUGGUCAAGGCUACACGCAAAGGUCGGAGGCCAUGUCGUACGGACCGCUCACUCGGCAAUUCAGCGGCCGUAGCUUUGCCUGCAGUGGUAUCAGUGCCGGCAGCAGCGACCACUGUGGCAUCGACCAUGGGCCUAGCGGGAUAGCCGAUGUAGGGCGCUGCGAAUCCUUCACUGGAAGAAGUGUGCCAGUCUCUCGAGCCAGGGCUCAACUCGAUGGAUGCGCAUUUGAUGUGCGAGCAGAUCACCUUCGUCACCACCAUAGCCACCAACACUCUGCCAGCUUCCUGACUCAUGAGGCCGACCUCGUCAACGCAGAAGUUCGUCGUCCCUCACGAUCCCUUCCGCAUCUGAAGCGAAGCAGCCGACCUGACCCUCUUCUCACAGCUAACGUUGAGUGGCGCGACCCCUCCAGCGAGCACCUUCAAGAGGGAGUGGAGCAUUACGAGUACUACCACCGACACAAUCGUCGCGAUGCAGGUCAGCACUCUUGCCAAAGGUCGAAGAGCGCUGAUUUUGAGCGUGCGAGGAAGGGUAGCCUUGAUGCUAUUCGGAUCGAGACCGAGGUGCGGGUUGACGUUUCGUAAUUGAGGAGCAGCAGGACGUUCCAGUCUACGAUUCGUACGUAACCUCUGCCACCUCCAAUGACGAUCGCCAGUUACUCGCUGCUACUCUGCGCAAGCCGCGUAGUGCGGGUAUC